AUGCUCGUGCACAUGGCGGUGUCCAAAAGUGCGGGCACCCUGCGGGACCUUCAGCUGGCCCUGCAGCUGAAGAUCGAGGAGCUGCGACAGAGGGACGCUCUCAUCGACGAGCUGGAGCUGGAGCUGGACACCAAGGAUGAUCUGAUCAGACAGCUGCAGAUAGAGCUGGACAGGCACCGCAGCGCCUCGCAGCACGCAGCCAACUCUGCAGACACGACAAACACAGCAGCGGUCCAGACAACAGCAACAACUGAUGAGCCUCAGCGCACCAAGAGACAGGCCAUCUCAGCAGAGCCCACGGCGCUGGACCCCUCCCAGCUCACUGACGUUACCCUCACCAGCUACUGCAAGUCAAAAGAGUCCAGUGAGCUGAUCCAGAGGGCGCUAAUGGACAACGACUUCAUGAAACACCUGGAACACGGGCAGAUCCUCACCAUCAUGGACUGUAUGCAUCCCACCAGCAUCACCAAAGGCUGCUGCGUGAUCCAGGAGGGGGAUGACGGCUCGACAGUCUACGUUCUGGAGGAGGGGAUGGUCGAGGUGACGAAACAAGGGAAGAAACUCUGCACCAUUGGUCCAGGAAAAGUGUUUGGAGAACUCGCCAUCCUCUACAACUGCACCCGCACAGCUACUGUAACAGCUCUGACUGACAUCAAGCUCUGGGCGAUCGACCGACAGGGUUUCCAGACCAUCAUGAUGAGGACUGGUCUCAUCAAACAUUCCCAGUACACAGACUUCCUCCGCAGCGUUCCCUCUUUCCAGUCGCUACCCGAGGACGUCCUCAGUAAACUGGCUGAUGUUUUGGAGGAGACUCAUUACACUGACGGUGAUUACAUUAUCCGUCAGGGAGCCACCGGAGACACAUUCUUCAUCAUCAGUGAAGGACAGGUGAGAGUCUCUCAGCAGAACGCAGCCGGCGACGAGCAGGUGACCGUGAAGACGCUCUCUAAAGGAGACUGGUUCGGAGAGCAGGCGCUGAAAGGGGAGGACGUUCGAACCGCCAGUGUCACCGCCGUGGGAGACGUCACAUGUCUGGUCAUCGACAGAGAGUCUUUCAAGCAGCUGAUUGGAGGACUGGACGACGUCAACAACAAGCAGUACGACAGCGACGAGGUCAAAGCGAAGCUGCAGGCAGAGGCCGACUUCUUCUCCAGCGUCUCACUCAGCGAUUUCAAUAUCAUCUGCACCCUGGGGAUGGGAGGCUUCAGCCGCGUGGAGCUGGUGCAGUUAAAGAACGACCUCAGUCGGUCGUUCGCCCUCAAAGUGUUGAAGAAACGUCACAUCCUGGACACGAGCCAGCAGGGCCACAUCCUGUCAGAGCGCCGCAUCAUGAUGGAGGCUCACAGUCCCUUCAUCAUCAGGUUGUACCAGACCUUCAGAGACUCUAAAUACCUCUACAUGCUGCUGGAGGCCUGUCUGGGAGGAGAACUGUGGACGCUGCUGAGAGACAGGGGUUCGUUUGAUGACGGCACCACUCGGUUUUACACGGGCUGUGUCAUCGAGGCGCUGGCUUCCCUGCACACCAGAGGAAUCAUCUACAGAGACCUCAAACCUGAGAACAUCAUCCUGGACCACAGGGGAUACGCCAAGCUGGUGGACUUUGGCUUCGCUAAGAAGGUGGGUCUGGGUAAGAAGACGUGGACGUUUUGUGGGACUCCUGAGUACGUGGCCCCUGAGAUCAUCCUGAACAAAGGCCACGACAGCUCAGCGGACUGCUGGUCUUUGGGGAUACUGGUCUUUGAGCUGCUGAGUGGCAGUCCUCCAUUUUCCGGCUCUGAUCCCAUGAAGACCUACAACAUCAUCCUGAGAGGCAUCGACAUGAUCGAGUUUCCUAAAAAGAUCACCAAGAGCGCCGCCAACCUCAUCAAACGACUCUGCAGGGACAAUCCGUCAGAGAGGCUGGGGAAUCAGAAAAACGGCGUGAAGGACAUCCAGAAACACAAGUGGUUUGAGGGCUUCAACUGGGACGGCCUCCGCCAGGGAACCAUCGACUCUCCAUUCACACCCACAGUGGACGGGCCACUGGACAACAGCAACUUUGACUAUUUCCCAGAGGACAGUGAUGACCCUCCUCCUGAUGAAGAGUCCGGUUGGGACCUUGAGUUUUAA